UCUCUGGAGCGCCUGCCCACCCACCAACUAUGACAUUAAGUGUGUGUGAGUGUGUGUUCCCCAACAAACAGCCCACUGAUGGAGCUGCCGCCAGGUCGCCGAUCAAGAACGGAUGACACUGAGCUAAAGCAACCGACCACACCCUCCGCAUCCAUGCCCCCCCACCCCCACCAUCUCCUUUGCUGCUUUCUCCUCAUUCCGAGCGUCUGCCUCCCCUUAAAUACACUAUUCGCUUCAUUGUUGGAGGAGUUUUCAAGGCGUGGUCUCCAGCCCACCUCCCUGGUCGUAAGCUGAUCUGGCGUGUUGGCAGAGAGUGGAAAGGAGUUGCUUUUCUGGAAGGACCCCCGCCACCUCCCCACCCUCCCCUACCUUGAACACACACUUGCCAGUCAGAGAUGUGGAAAGCCUCAUUCCGUGUCAAGGCUCCGAGAGAAGCGCAUGCGUCUACCCCACCCUUGCCAGAGAGCGCCGCUAAUUGCGAAGGCAGCCGAGUGGGAGUGGACCUUCGUGGAGAAAAGAGGAGGAGGAGGAGGAGAGCAUCAUCUCCUCUCAAUGACUGUGGCCAUGGAGCUCCACUGACGAUGAGCUUCCACAUGCUGGAUUAAAACGAGGCACGGCAGCCAAAAAAAAAAAAGAAGGGAGAAGAAGAAGAAGAAAAAGGAGGAGAAGUGACUCUCAACAUGAGUGAGGAGGCAAAGGAGAAGACCGCAGCGGGAGGAGGAGGAAAAGGGGCUCAUCGCAAAAAGAAAGGCAAAAAGUCUGACAGUAAUGCCAGUUACCUGAGAGCUGCCCGGGCUGGAAACCUUGAAAAGGUCCUUGACUACAUCAAGUCUGGGGUCGAGAUUAACAUUUGCAAUCAGAAUGGCUUGAACGCUCUCCAUCUAGCCUCCAAAGAGGGGCAUGUGGAGGUUGUGGCUGAGCUGCUGAAACUCGGCGCCGCUGUGGACGCAGCUACCAAGAAAGGAAACACUGCCCUGCACAUAGCGUCGCUGGCCGGCCAAACGGAAGUCGUCAAAGAGCUGGUCACCUACGGAGCCAAUGUCAACGCACAAUCUCAGAAUGGCUUCACUCCUCUGUAUAUGGCGGCCCAGGAGAAUCACCUGGAGGUGGUACGCUUCCUUCUGGAGAACAGCGCCAGCCAGAGUAUGGCCACUGAGGAUGGCUUCACCCCUCUGGCGGUGGCCCUCCAGCAGGGCCAUGACCAGGUGGUCUCCUUGCUUCUGGAGAACGACACCAAGGGCAAAGUGCGCCUGCCCGCCUUGCACAUCGCCGCCCGCAAAGACGACACCAAGGCCGCCGCCCUGCUUCUCCAGAAUGACCACAACGCGGACGUGGAGUCCAAGAGUGGCUUCACCCCACUUCACAUCGCAGCCCACUAUGGCAACAUUAAUGUGGCUACACUGCUUCUGAACCGAGGGGCCGCCGUGGACUUCAUGGCCAGGAAUGACAUCACGCCGCUCCACGUGGCCUCCAAAAGGGGCAACAGUAACAUGGUCAAGCUGCUACUGGACCGAGGCUCCAAAAUAGAUGCCAAGACCAAGGAUGGUCUGACUCCCCUUCACUGUGGGGCGAGGAGCGGCCACGCGCAGGUGGUAGAAAUCCUGCUGGACCGAGGGGCUCCAAUCCUCUCCAAGACCAAGAACGGCCUGUCGCCGCUUCACAUGGCCACUCAGGGAGACCACCUGAACUGCGUCCAGCUUCUGCUGCAGCACGACGUGCCGGUGGACGACGUCACCAACGACUACCUGACGGCGCUGCACGUGGCGGCCCACUGCGGCCAUUACAAGGUGGCCAAGCUCAUCGUGGACAAGAAGGCCAACCCCAACGCCAAGGCCCUGAAUGGUUUCACCCCGCUUCACAUCGCCUGCAAGAAGAACAGAGCGAAAGUGAUGGAGCUGCUGCUGAAGCACGGAGCGUCCAUCCAAGCUGUAACAGAGUCUGGCCUGACGCCAAUCCACGUUGCGGCCUUCAUGGGCCACGAGAACAUCGUCCACGCGCUCACGCAUCACGGAGCUUCGCCCAACACCACCAACGUGAGAGGCGAGACGGCACUCCACAUGGCGGCCAGGGCGGGCCAGGCCGACGUGGUUCGAUACCUGCUCAAGAACGGAGCCAAAGUGGAGACCAAGUCCAAGGACGACCAGACGGCGCUGCACAUCUCCAGUCGGCUGGGGAAGGUGGACAUCGUGCAGCAGCUGCUGCAGUGCGGCGCCUCGGCCAACGCGGCCACCACCUCAGGUUACACCCCGCUGCACCUGGCGGCCCGCGAAGGUCACCAGGAUGUCGCCACUAUGCUCCUGGAGAACGGAGCCUCGCUGUCCUCCUCGACUAAGAAAGGCUUCAGUCCGCUCCACGUGGCCGCAAAGUACGGCAAGAUGGAGGUGGCCAGUCUGCUCUUGCAGAAGAGAGCUGCGCCUGACGCUGCCGGCAAGAGCGGGCUCACUCCGCUGCAUGUUGCCGCUCACUACGAUAAUCAGAGAGUAGCACUGCUGCUGCUGGAUCAGGGAGCUUCCCCGCACGCCGCCGCCAAGAAUGGCUACACGCCGCUGCACAUCGCCGCCAAGAAGAACCAAAUGGACAUCGGGACCACGCUACUGGAGUACGGUGCCGACACCAACGCGGUGACGCGGCAGGGCAUCAGCCCCAUCCACCUGGCGGCUCAGGAGGGGAGCGUGGACCUGGUGUCGCUACUGCUGGCCAAGAGCGCCGCUGUUAACAUUUGCAACAAGAGCGGACUUACGCCGCUCCACCUCGCAGCUCAGGAGGACAAAGUCAACGUUGCAGAAGUCCUUCUCAACCACGGUGCUGAUGUCAACGCGCAAACAAAGUUGGACUACACGCCGCUGCAUGUGGCUUGUCACUAUGGCAACGCCAAGAUGGCAAACUUCCUGCUGCAGAAUCACGCCAAAGUCAACGGGAAGACCAAGAACGGUUACACUCCGAUGCACCAGGCAGCUCAGCAGGGCCACACGCACAUCAUCAACGUCCUCCUCCAGCACGGCGCCUCGGCCAAUGAACUGACAGCGAACGGGAACACGGCGCUAGCCAUCGCCCGUCGCCUUGGUUACAUCUCGGUGGUGGACACCCUGAGGCCCGUGACGGACGAAAACCUAAAUACUGUGAAUGCAGCUGAAAAACAUAAAAUCAAUGUCCCGGAAACCAUGAACGAGUUCCUGGACAUGUCGGACGACGAUGUUUGGGCCAAUGUGCCUGAAAGUCUCGAGCAGGAGUCGAUGUCAGACGACGACGAAGGCGAAGAUGCCAUGACUUGCGACACGGACAAGUACCUGCGGCCCCAGGACCUCAAAGAGCUGGGGGAUGACUCUCUCCCUCAGGAGGGCUACAUGGGCUUCAGCAUCGGAGCCCGCUCGGCCAGCCUCCGCUCCUUCAGUUCGGAUAGGUCCAACACCCUCAACCGGAGCUCCUUCGCCCGGGACAGCAUGAUGAUCGAGGAGAUCCUGGCCCCCACCAAGGACACGCACCUGGCCGUGACGCAGGAAUACAACUCGGAGUGCUUGCGGCGCUACAGCUGGACCCCGGACACCGUGGACCACGGCCACAACAUCGCGUCCAGCCCCAUCCACUCUGGGUUCCUUGUGAGCUUCAUGGUGGACGCCCGCGGCGGGUCCAUGAGGGGCAGCCGCCACAACGGCAUGCGCAUCAUCAUCCCGCCCAGGAAGUGCACGGCGCCCACGCGGAUCACCUGUCGCCUGGCCAAGAGGCAUAAACUGGCCUACCCGCCCCCUAUGGUGGAAGGGGAGGGCCUGGUCAGCAGACUGGUGGAGGUCGGCCCAGCCGGGGCGCAGUUUCUUGGUCCCGUGAUUGUCGAGAUUCCUCAUUUCGGCUCCAUGCGGGGAAAGGAGCGGGAACUGAUUGUGUUGAGGAGCGACAACGGCGACACAUGGCGAGAGCACCAGUUCGAUUCCACUCCAGAGGAACUCACGGAGCUGCUCACCGGGAUGGAUGAAGAAUUGGACAGCCCAGCCGAGUUGGAGAAGAAGCGCAUUUGCCGCAUCGUGAGCAGAGACUUCCCCCAGUAUUUCGCGGUGGUGUCGAGGAUCAAGCAGGAGUCCAACCACAUGGGUCCCGAUGGGGGCGUCUUGUCCAGCAGCACUGUCCACAUGGUGCAGGCGUCCUUCCCGCAGGGGGCGCUGACUAAGAAGAUCCGUGUCGGCCUGCAGGCUCAGCCUGUCCCUGACGAUAUGGUGAGGGCGGUUCUCGGGAACAGGGCCACCUUCAGCCCCAUCGUCACCGUGGAGCCCAGGAGGAGGAAGUUCCACAAGCCAAUCACAAUGACAAUCCCCGUCCCGCCUCGCCAGGCAGAAGGCCACCCCACCGGCCACCGGGGUGACGCGGCCCCUUGCCUGCGUUUGCUCUGCAGCAUCACAGGAGGAACGUCCCCCGCCCAGUGGGAAGACAUCACAGGCACCACGCCGCUUUCCUUUGUGACCGAUUGCGUCUCUUUUACCACAAACGUGUCGGCCAGGUUCUGGCUCGCAGACUGUCACCAGAUUCCUGAGACGGUGGGUCUGGCGUCUCAGUUAUACCGGGAGCUGAUCUGCGUGCCGUACCUGGCCAAGUUUGUGGUGUUCGCCAAGAUGAACGACCCGGUGGAGGCGCGCCUCCGCUGCUUCUGCAUGACGGACGACAAAGUGGACAAGACCCUCGAGCAGCAGGAGAACUUUGAGGAGGUGGCCCGCAGUAAAGACAUCGAGGUUCUGGAGGGCAAGCCCAUUUAUGUGGACUGCUACGGCAAUCUGUCGCCGUUAACCAAAAGUGGACAGCAGCUUGUUUUUAAUUUCUACUCUUUCAAGGAAAACAGACUUCCUUUCAACGUGAAGAUCAGAGACAUGGGCCAAGAGCCCUGUGGCCGCCUGUCAUUCCUGAAGGAACCAAAAACCUCUAAAGGUCUUCCCCAGAGUGCCAUAUGCAAUCUGAAUAUCACACUGCCGACACACAAGAAGGAUACGGAGUCUGAUCCUGAAGAUGAGAAUGAAAGGCCAGAACGACGCCAUACCUUUGCCUCCUUAGCUUUGCGUAAGCGCUACAGCUAUUUGACCGACCCUGCGGCGAGUCCCCAAAGUCCUUGUGAGCGGACAGAUUUGCGUAUGGCCAUUGUAGCAGAUCACCUGGGACUCAGCUGGACAGAGCUGGCUCGGGAAAUGAACUUCACGGUAGACGAAAUCAACCACAUUCGAUUGGAGAACCCCAACUCGUUGACAGCACAGAGCUUCAUGCUAUUAAAGAAGUGGGUCAGCCGGGAAGGGAAAAAUGCCACAACUGACGCCUUGACUGCAGUGCUGGCCAAAGUCAAUCGGAUGGAUAUUGUGACUCUGCUGGAGGGCCCAAUUUUCGACUAUGGUAACAUUUCCGGCACGAGAUGUUUUGCCGAUGAUCAUGCGGUUUUCCGGGAUCAAGCUGAUGAUUAUCAGAGCAUUCUAGCUGAGUUGCAUUCCCCCGCUGCACUGCACUCCGACCCACAUUUCCUGGUCCCCGAACUUCCCGUCACACCCAACCCUUCCCCUAUCCACCACCGGCAUUACCAUUAUCCACAACCCGACCCCCCUUGGCCGGUCGACUCCCACCCUCGGCCCGCGGCGUGGAGCCCAGAGAUAAAGCCUGGAAGCCCACACGAGAUUCCCGCUAAACCCUGUCAGCUUGCCCUGUCCCUUUCGGCUUUUGACCUCCCUGAUCCUCUCCCGUCCAAGGUGCAAAAGCCCCACAUCGCCCUGAACGACCAGCUGCUUUUGAGUGAGGAGGAGGAAAGGCCUUAUCGAGAAAUGGAGUGGAGCCGCAAGCCCAAGUCGCACGCUGCUCCUGCAAAGUGUGAGUUAGAUGUCAACAUGGCCUACUCAACAUCAUCCUCUUCAGUCUCAUCUGGAUCAUCAGUAACCCCUUCAACACCUGACAGAGCGCAAAUGGGAGAUGGAAAUGUAAUGCAUGUAGACAUGUAUAUUAGAGGAGACGUGCCAAAAGCGAAGGGUAAGGUUGAUGAGACGGUUGCGGUGGACGGAAAUGUAUUUGCGGAAAGCUGGGUAGAGCAGGACUUGAUGAAAAAUGUGGAAAGAAAAUGUGAGAUGGUGAUAAAAGACAGGUGUCAUUUCGAGGUGAAUACGAACAUUUUGACAGAACAAAAAGAAGAGCAGAUUGUUUUGGGAACUGGGUUUCUAGUUGAGUGUAUAGAUGAAACAGCCGAGGUACAGCAAGUAGAAGGAAAUAGUGAAGAAACGGUACGCCGUCGGAAGGGAACGGAAGUUGCUGGGAAAAUUCUGCAAGGUGAAGACAGAGGCAUUUGCCAGGCGAACGACUUGACCAUCCAGGAAUGGGCUGAGGCCCUUUGGUACCAUCAGCCCACCGAUUGUGGGUCUAAUGAGGAGGAGGAUGGAGGAGGAAAUAGUGAGAUCCCGGAAAAGGAUUUUAGUUCCCGACGUGAAAAGAUGAAGACUGAAGGCUCAGAGGAGAAGGAGGAGGACCUGGAGCUGACUAUCGAGGCCAGCGAUUUGGAGAUUCCCAAUCGAAUUGAACAGCCAGAAAAAGACAUGUGCUCGCUUUCAGGUUGGCAGAAUGACUCAUCCAGCGUAAAUGUGGAGCCACUGACGCGACCCCGCAGCUCGGAUCUGCUAGACAAGCGGGAAAGCCACGAGCAUUCAAGCGAUUCAGUUACUUCCUCAUCCAGAGGCGAAUCAGGGAGGUCCCGGCAGAACGGCGACAACUCAAGAACCUCAGCUCAGGGCGGCUCUUCCGGGUCGAUGAACGGCAGAAAGGAAGAGGGAACGCUGGUGUCUGAGAAAAAAUUCCAGCAGCGAGUUAGUGUAGAGUCCGGUUCCGAGGAAGAACAGACCGUAACCACGAGAAUCUUCAGACGCCGGUUCAUUCUAAAGGGCGAGGAAGCUAAAAACAUAUCAGGCGAGUCUGUGACCGAGGAGCACUAUUUGGACGAAGACGGUAACCUCGUCAGCCGAAAAGUUAUCAGGAAGGUAAUCCGCCGACUGUCUAGCUCCUCAACAGACAACCACAGAUGCCAAAGGGACCUUCCCAAAAAUUUGGUCCUGCAGGACGGCGGACCUGAGAAAGAAGGAGGGUCAAGGACCGGCAGCCGAAUGGACGAGAGGAGGCCCGGGGAUAAAAAGUUUCACUCGUAGGGAUGGACGGUUGUUCUCUCUCCCAGCCAUAUGGGGACAGGCUGAGGGCUGAGGUGUUCCACUUUGAGGACUUGAGUCCAGCCAGCGUCGGCUUCCAACAAAGGGGCUUCACAAGAUGAGAGGCGACAAAUCCCGGCCCCCUUUUCUUGACCCUACAAGGCAUGAGCAUGAACUAACUCCCCGUCAAUCAAAGGGCCAGAGAAAGCGAACGCUCGGACCACGAGACCCACCAGCGAGCAUUCCGCUUCCUGUUUUUUUUUUUUUUUUUUUUUUGGGCACAAAAACGGUCGACUCUCUCCACGGGCGUUUCGCUAGGACUUAAGGGGGAAGCCCCCUGGAGCGUCGGGGCCGCCACUUCGCUCACGUCCACACAACCUAGCUGCAACCGUUGACCAAAGACGGCGCAAUUCACUCCAGAGGAAAUAUGAAGAAAACGAUCGAAUGGAACACGUCACCCAACUUCAACAUGUGCAACAUGUUCAUGCCUUAUAGUUUUUCUUCUUGUACCCGCUUUUGUCAGGAUGUUAAUCGUUGAGGCACUUUUUUUUUCUCCCAUUUUUUUUUUUUUUAAACAAAAGUAAAUGAGAGUUUCUGUAUAUAGAGUUAGAAUGUGUACAAUUCUUGUAAUAUACAACUGAAAAGGGUGGGGUAGGGUCACAAUUGGGUUGUGGGUGAUCUUUUCAAGUGCUUUGGUAAUCCGCUGAAGCAGUUCCACUUUUCAAAGAUUUGCGUGUCACACAGGUUCUUGUAAAAAAGAAAAAAAAAAGAAAAAAAAAUACAUAUUAAAGCAGGUAUAAUGUUUGUACACUGGCUGGUAUAAUUUUAACUUGAGGACAUUUCCAGAAAAUCAGUGUUGGGCCAGUCCCAUAGUGGGAUCUAAUCCCGCAGCCUUUCGAGAGUAUUUUCCACGCAUGCUGUUCACAUUAUUUUAAGUACGAUUUCUACAAGUUUGCAAAAACACCAUAUGGGAAAAAAAAGGCCCUUUUAUCUGUGUAUAAACGUAUAGCCCUAAUGUUUGUCACUGUUUUUAUAUUUUAAAACUGUCAAAGAUAGCAUUGAAGUGUUUUUUUUUUUUGGUGGGGUGAGGAUGGGAAUAAUCUCGAAUGUAAGCACCAGUUGGACGGUUCGCUCGCUGUACAACACUGUAACCGUAUAUUAUCGGCUAUAAGGUAUAAGGGUCGCUGUACACUGUUUAGACCGUGUCUCACAAAUACUGUGUGGUUUCAAAUGGAAAAAAAAACAACCUGAAUUCCCCCCCCAUCACUUUUUUGGAUGACAUGUCCCUCGAUUUAAAAUCCACUCGAGAAAGAUUUUGCCUGUAGCUCUGAAUAGCGUCUUGAAAAAACACUGGAUGGUCAGCAGAGGCCAAAUAAAAGUAGGCAUCAAAUAGUGUUUGACUCUUGACACCGUGUGAUACUUAGGCAAAAGAGUCUGUAUAUGCAGUGUCGAUUUGAAUCAUUUCCAUUUUGUGUGUGUUGGUUUUUAUUAGACGGACCCAUAAAUCAAGUGUGUUCGGUAUCAGUACGCCGAUGCCAUUGCUGUGAACAUGAAAACGAUGUGGCGUUUUCUUUUUCUGCUGCGUGGCACACAUCCCCUUCCUCCUCUCAAGUCUAUCAGGGGCCCGACGUUCCUUUGUUACGCUUGGACUAUCGAUUUUUUUUUCCGUUUCAUCUGUGUUUUCACCCAGGUGGACUUUUUGAUGUACAAUUCUUACUAACAGAGUGAAGCCAUUGAAUAUGUAAUAAUAAUUCUAGCACUUUGGUUACCCGAGUCUUUUAGAGGCGAUAGCAGCAGCGAGGACACCACAAAUGUUUCAGAUGUCUUUAGAGAAAAUUUAAAAAAAAAAAAAAACAACACAAAAUCGACCGAGAAAAGACAAAAAUAAAAUUGCGUUGGUUUUGCAAUACAGUUUUUCUUGUGGUCUCUGGUGUAUGUGUGUCGUUGUGUGGCGAAAUAUUGAUAUUUCAUGAAUGGGAUUUUCAUGACAAGAAUUGCAGUGGGGGUGGGCAUCCCGAUGUACUUGGAUGCGUCGUGGGAGCAAAGAUAAAGUUUCCUCUGAGAUUUUGCAGUGACUUAAAUUGGGCUUUCUAAACUAAAGUCAAGUGGGCAGAAACUAAAUGUCUGUUGCUAGUCAUGAUGUAUAUUAAUCAGGAUCAUAACUUUUUUUUGCAUCAAUUAAAUGGUUUGGGCCUUGAUGGUCAACCAUUAUUUUAUUUACCACUUAGAGUGGAUUUUUCCAUUCCCAAACAUUGGACUUUUUAAAGAACUCUUUGAUGUCAGCUAAGGUAAGUUUUUGUUUGGUUUUUUUUUCCAGUUGUUACUAUGUAUUAGUUUAGCGUUUUUUUUUUUUAAUUAAAAACUUGUUCAACCUGUUAUAACCAGACCUCAAAACUCGUCCUCUUUUUCAAGACGGCUUUUUGAAGUGAAAAGCAUAAGCCUGUCUUUUUAAGAUGCAAACGAACUGCUGAAUUUAAAAUUUAAAGGUGAGGUGUCUUCAACCAACAGCAACAGUCUAGUUGCCUUACUUUUUCCCACUAGACCAGGUUGCUUUGAAUCAUUGGUUUCUCUAAAAUAAAUUUAUUUUAAAUUUAAUAACAGCAUUUUAUCAUUCGGUGGGUUAUCUUUACUAUUUAUUUUUAUAAUAAAGUGGGGCAAACUAUGCCAAAAAAUUGAUAAGUUUAAAAUACUUUUUUUAUCGUACUUCUGUUGUAGACGUGUUUAUUUCUAACGAUAUAUUUUAACAAUUUAUGAACAGAUGUUUUACUCUUGUUUU